GAAGCGGACCUGAAUAUUAGGGGUUUCAAUGGCUUGUCUAUUCUCCACUGUGCCUGCUUUGGAGGACAUGUACUGCUCGUGGAAAAUCUUAUUUCAAAACAUCAUAUGCACUAUUCUGUGAAAGAUAACAAUGGGAAGUCAAUUUUGAUGUACGCAGCAUUCAAGGGGGCUCCCUAUUCAUGCAAUGGUGGUCACGUAGAACUGAUUGAUAAACUGGUGAUGAAAUAUGGCCUCGAUCCUGCAGAUGGAGAUGAAAAUGAUAACACACCUCUACAUAUUGCAGCCAAUAAUGGACAUGUUGAAGCAGUGAGACAUCUGAUCAGUAAGCACAGUGCUGACAUUGAUAUCACCAAUAAACAAAACAAAACUCCAUUGAUGCUAGCUGCGCUGAAUGGUCAUGUGAAUGUUUUGGAUGCGUUAGUCAAAGAAUUCAACAGCAGUUGUCAUGUCCGAGGUUACAAUAGCCGCACUCUCCUUCACUAUGCAUGUCAUGGUGGCCAUAUAGAACUGAUAGACAAACUAGUGUUGGAAUAUGACCUCGAUCCUGCAGAACGAGAUAGUAACAAUAAGACACCUUUACAUAUUGCAGCAAUGUUCGGACAUGUUGAAACAGUGAGACACCUGAUCAGUAAGCAUAGCGCUGAUGUUGAUUGCACUGAUAUUAAAAGCAAUACACCAUUGAUGCUGGCUGCACGGAGGGGUCAUUCACAUGUUUUGGAUGCGUUAGUCAAAGAAUUCAACAGCAGUUGUCAUGUCCGAGGUUACAAUAGCCGCACUCUCCUUCACUAUGCAUGCUAUGGUGGUCAUGUAGAACUGAUAGACAAACUGGUGAAGGAGUAUGGCCUCAAUGUCGAAGAUAGAGAUGAAAGAGGAAACACACCUCUACAUAUUGCAGCCAUGUUUGGACAUGUUGAAGCAGUGAGACACCUGAUCAGUAAACACAGUGCUGAUAUUGAUUGCACUAAUAACGAAAACAACACUCCAUUGAUGCUAGCUGCACGGAGGGAUCAUACGCAUGUUUUGGAUGCGUUAGUUAAAGAAUUAAAAAGCAAUCACCAUUUUCUUCACUUUGCAUGCAAGCGUGGCCAUAUAAAACUAAUAGAUCAACUAGUGGGGAAAUGUGGCCUCAAUAUCAGAGAUAGAGAUAAUGAUGAAAACACACCUCUACAUAUUGCAGCAAAAGCAGGCCAUGUUGAAGCAGUGAGACACCUGAUCAACAAGCACAGUGCUGAUAUUGAUUGCAUUGAUAAUCGAAACAAUACACCGUUGAUGCUAGCUGCAUUGGGUGGUCAUGUGCAUGUUUUGGAUGCAUUAAUUAAAGAAUUUAAGAGCAGUUAUCUUGUCCGAGGAUAUAAUGGUCGCACUCUCCUUCACUUUGCAUGCUACGAUGGUCAUAUACAACUGAUAGACAAAAUGGUGAUGGAAUAUAGCCUUGAUCCUGCAGAUAGAGAUAAUGAUGGAAACACACCUCUACAUAUUGCAGCCAUGUUUGGACAUGUUGAAACAGUGAUCCACCUGAUCAGUAAGUACAAUGCUAAUAUUUAUUGCACUAAUAAUGAGAACAAUACUCCAUUGGUACUAGCUACACUGAGCGGCAAUAGGCAAGUUUUGGAUGCGUUAGUCAAAGAAUUAAAAAGUAGUCAUCAUUUCCUUCACUUUGCGUGUGAGCGUGGCCAUAUAAAACUGAUAAACGAACUUCUGAAAUGCGGCCUCAAUAUCAGUGAUAGAGAUAAUGAUGAAAACACACCUCUGCAUAUUGCAGCAAAAGCAGGCCAUGUUGAAGCAGUGAGACACCUCAUCAGCAAGCACAGUGCUGAUAUUGAUAGCAUUGAUAAUCGAAACAAUACACCGUUGAUGCUAGCUGCAUUGGGUGGUCAUGUGCAUGUUUUGGAUGCGUUAAUUAAAGAAUUCAAGAGCAGUUAUCUUGUUCGAGGAUAUAAUGAUUCAACUCUUCUUCAUCAAGCAUGCUACGAUGGUCAUACAGAACUGAUAGACAAACUGCUGGAAUAUGGUCUUGAUCCUGCAGAUAGAGAUAACAGUGGAAACACACCUCUACACAUAGCAGCCAUGUUCGGACAUGUUGAAGCAGUGAGACACCUGAUCAGUAAGGACAGGUCUGAUAUUGAUUGCACCAAUAAUGAGAACAAUACACCAUUGAUGCUAGCUGUACUGGGGGGUCAUACACAUGUUUUUGACGCGUUAGUCAAAAAAUUCGAAGGCAGUCGUCAUCAUGUCCGAGGUUACACUCUCCUUCACUCUGCGUGUGAGCAUGGCCAUGUAGAACUAAUAGACGGACUGGUGAAAUGGGGCCUCAAUCCUGCAGAUGGAGAUAAUGAUGGAAACACACCUCUGCAUAUUGCAGCAAAGGCAGGACAUGUUGAAGCAGUGAGACACCUGAUUAAUAAUUACAAAGCUAAAAUCGAUUGCAAAAAUAAUCAGAACGAUACACCAUUGAUGAUAGCUGCACUCACAGGGAAUACGCAUGUUUUGGAUGUGUUAAUCAACGAAUUCAAUAGUAGUUGUCAUGUCCUCGGAUACAAUGGUCAUACUCUCCUUCACUAUGCAUGCUAUGGUGGCCAUAUAAAACUGAUAGACAAACUGGUAGUGAAAUAUGGCCUCAAUCCAAAAGAUAGAACUGUUAAUGGUACUCUCCUUCAUUAUGUAUGCCAUGUUGGCCAUAUAAAAGUAAUACAAAAACUGGUGGUGGAAUAUGGCCUCGAUCCCGCAGAUAGAAAUAUUAAUGGAAACACACCUCUACAUAUUGCAGCCAUGUCCGGACACGUUGAAGCAGUUAAACUCCUGAUCAGUGAGCAUAGCGCUGAUGUUGAUUGCACUAAUAUUGAGGAUGAUACUCCAUUGAUGCUGGCUGCACUGAGGGGUCAUACGCAUGUGUUGGAAACGUUAGUCAAAGAAUACAAAGGCAGUUGUCAUCAUGUCCGAGGUUAUACUCUCCUUCACUCUGCGUGCGAGCGUGGCCAUAUAAAACUGAUAGACAAACUGGUGGUAAACUAUAGCUUUGAUCUCAGUGAUAGAGAUAAUGAUGGAAACACACCUCUGCAUAUUGCAGCAAAGGCAGGACAUGUUAAAGCAGUGAGAUACAUGAUUAAUAAUUACAGCCUUGUUAUCGAUUGCAUAAAUAGUAAGAAUAAUACACCAUUGAUGCUGGCUUGCACUGACUGGUAAGACACAUGUUGUGGAUGAGUUAGUCAAAGAAAUUGAAAGCAGUUGUAAUGUCCGAGGAUACAAUAAUCGCACUCUCCUUCAUCAAGCAUGCCAUGGUGGCCAUAUAGAACUGGUAGACAAACUGGUUAAGGAAUAUGGCCUUGA